AUGAUCAGACAGGCGCAAGACGACUCGAACCGUCCUGCGAAGCGCCAAAAGCUGUCGCAGCCGUUCCAGCGGCCUCUAGGUUCGAGUCAUUCAGCCCACCAAUCUCUGACUUUCGGCGGCCCUCAGCUUGCACAGCAUGCGGGACAUCAUGUAGGACACAACCCGACGCCUUUCACCACGAGCGACGAGGCCUGGGUACAGUCACUGCACCACGGCGAAAUCCAGGUGAAUUGGCCUGGAGCGCACGAAGCAACGCACAUACACAACGGCGACAUGUUCUACCACCAGUCGUUGAUAAAACCCAACCCGGGCCACAACAAUGGUCAUCUCGCUCUUGCCUCACCUUUUGAAGCGUCGACGCAUGCCUUCGGUGGAAUCGAUAUGCUUAGCCAAUCGUCUUUGGGUGUGCUUUCCACGGAAGCAUCGCCAUCGGGUUCGCACAUGUCGUUUACACCCGCCAAUGGAUUCUCCAUGUCUCUACCCGGUUCCAGCAUUGGCUCUGACAAUGGCAAUGCGAUGUACUCUCAGCCAAAUGUGCACAACCACCGUGUAGUGCAUACAGACAUGGUGCAAACGGCACCAUCAGUCGCUGAAGCCCCGUUGGCUGUGAAUGACACUGCAUCCAAUCACCAAGUACUGGGCACGCUCCCGCCAAGGAAGCUCGAGAACCCGUUCAGAAGUUGCCGGGGCACAUUCGGAAGCUUCAAACUCAAUCCCCGCUUCAGGCUCACCAAGAGCCGACAACAUGGGUACAUCAAGUAUGAGAAUCCUCGACUUCCUGCUGGGUCCUCCAGUCAGGAGGUUGCAGGCCCCAUCGUUCGGCACAAGUCCUGGGGCAUCGAUACCAGCAGACGUCGUGCAAGUUCCACAAUUCAUGAGGCAAACUCGUCAGAUUCUGAUGGCUCUGAAGUGGAAGAGCUUGACCAUGCUGAAGCCUGCACGAGAUCUGAUGACACACUGCGACAGCUGGAGCAAGAUCACCGCGACGCAGCUGCUCUCGCUUUGUCGAGGAACGGAAUGUCCUCCGCAGAAGCUGCAAAUGGCGAAAAUCUUAGGAAGAGUGUGCAGCGCUCCCUUGGCCUCAUUCAAGUCAGCACAAAUCCCAUGACGAGGAGGAUGCUCGAGCGCGGCAGUCCUGAUGAGCUAGUGUUCUUCGCUUUCUACUGUCGCAACUGGUUACCAGGACGCAGUAUUCGUGGUGCCGACAAUGUAUGGCAGGAGGACUUUCUACUCUUGGGACAAAACCGCUACGUUUAUCACGCAUUUAUGAGCAUUCCAGCCGUCCACAUUAUCGACAUGAUACCGUCACGGCGUAGCCUUGGGCUUGCCAACUAUCUCUUGGAAGAAGCGAACAAGGGCAUUGACGCAUCGUUCGAACAGUACAACUCUGGACAACUCCUCUCUUCCGCCCAAUUGGACUGCACGCUCACGACCCUGAUCGCUUUGGUCAUCCAGGAUACCAACCUUCCUGAACGUCGUCGCAAGAUGCGUGACCACUGUCCUUGGCUGGAUGCCCUGUACUGCUGCGAACAGCUACUUGAGCGCCACAAUCCUCACGCCGGCUACUAUAAUCCGGAGAACGUACAGAUGUCGUCAUUACGCGCUGCGCAGUGCAAACUCGUUGCCCGCGGCAUCAUCACAGCUGAGACCAUGCUCCCUUAUGAGCCUGCGCUCCAGUACUCGACGUACGAUGGAAGCAAAGCCUCUAGCCGCUUCAGAUGGCUGAGAUACGGCAACAUCAAAGACAGGCACCAAAUCCAAGGUGGUGUGGGAAUGUGCAGGCGCUUGCUCGAACUGAUGCGACAGAUCACGCUUUGGUCGGGUGCCAUGUCCCAGAGCGAUGCAAGCGGGGGCAACAUGCUCCAGGUUGAAAAUAUCAUAAAUUGUCUUAAGGAUAUGCGUCAAUGGGCCCCCAACUGCUUGACAUGGGAUGAGGCCAAGGAAGGGCCCCCAACCAAGGACUGGGUCGACAGCCACUUUGCACUUGGACGAGAAGUUAUCCAGACUCCGGCAGAAAUGACCUUUGUUUCGGCCGAAGCUUACAGGCUUGGAGCCAAAGUCUACGCCCAAUGCCGGCUGCUCAGGUUGCCGAGAGACCAUCCAGACGUUCUGAUGACACUGACAGAAUUGGCUAAUUGUGUGCAUAUCCUACCCACGCAUGGCAAAUUCUUUAGUGCUCAGGCGCCCUUGUUUCCCGUCUUCUAUCUCGGGCUACUAGCUACCGAGAACCGACACCGUGAGGUCGCAGCUGAAUGGUUCGCUGGUGUUAUCGCUUCCUCAACGCGAAGUACGGUGCCGCCUUUGUAUAACGCACUCAGGAGGAUCCGAAGGUGGAUCGACAAUGUUGAGCCUGCCCUGCCUCUGAACACACGCAGUCUGCCAGCGUCCAUAUCGGACAGAGACCCGUGGUGGGAACGCCUAGUUGCUGAGAUCAAGGAACGCGAGCCAAUGACGCUAUGCUUGACUUGA